UUUUCCCUUUAUCUUGGCCGCCACAGCCGGUAUUUGGUGUCCUGUCUCACGGCCGGCGCCAAACGGUGCGUAGGCUUUGGCCCCCCCAUUUACUUAUCCUCUUCCCUUUUCCUCGUUUUAUAUGUUCUGUUGGACUCUUUUAGUCCCGAUCCGACUUCCCCUCUCGGUUCCUGGUUCCUGGGGUGUGCGCUAUUCGCCAGUACUUGCGACACGGCCCUUAUUAGGUGAAACGGCGUUUUCUGUCACUUUGUUUGGUGCAUUGGGAUAUUCGUUAAGAGAUACCCUUGCUUUGUUGGAGUUUUUCCUGGUCUCCGUCGGUCCGAUCACCUUGACGGACCGUACAACUAUACCUCGAAUCCUCGCCUUGACGGCUCUUUCGUUAUCUCCCGACAGGUCUUCCUGUUCGGUUAUUUCCUAUCUUUGAAGGGAAAAAAAAAAAAAAAAAAGGACAAGGAAAGAAGAAAAUCAAAUCAGGAUAGCCAGUCAGACCUUUGCUAUCUGUC